GUGUGUGUGUGUGUGUGUGUGUGUGUGUGUGUGACGAAUGGUGGGAUGUCUUAAUGAACCCACUCACUUGACAAUUGUCUCCCCACAGGUGAUGUGUCACCAAUCAGUAUGUCCCCCAUCAGUCAAUCUCAGUUUAUUCCACUCGGGGAAAUCCUCUGCUUGGCCAUCUCGGCGAUGAACUCUGCAAGAAAGCCUGUCACCCAAGAAGCGUUGAUGGAACACCUGACGACAUGUUUCCCAGGUGUUCCAACCCCAAGCCAAGAAAUUCUAAGGCAUACCCUAAACACACUGGUCCGGGAGAGGAAAAUCUACCCGACUCCAGAUGGCUAUUUCAUUGUGACCCCACAGACUUACUUCAUCACUCCUUCCCUCAUAAGAACUAACAGUAAGUGGUACCACUUGGACGAGAGGGUACCUGACAGGUCUCAGUGUACCUCUCCACAACCCGGAACCAUAACGCCCUCUGCCUCAGGCUGCGUCAGGGAAAGGACAUUACCCAGAAAGCACUGCGACUCUUGCCACUGCUGCCGAGAAGACGUGCACAGCAUGCAUGCCUCCACUCUGCAGAGGAAGCCCGCCAAGGACUGCAAAGACCCCUACUGCCCUCCGCCGCCGCUCUGCCAGGUGCCACCCACUGAAAAAAGCAAAAGCACUAUCAAUUUCUCUUACAAGACCGAAACCCUCUCAAAACCGAAAGACGGUGAGAAGCAGUCCAAAAAGUUCGGCCUCAAGUUGUUCCGGCUGAGCUUUAAGAAAGACAAGACCAAACAGCUGGCCAAUUUCUCUGCCCAGUUUCCUCCCGAGGAGUGGCCCCUCCGGGACGAGGACACGCCGACCACCAUCCCCCGGGAGGUGGAGAUGGAGAUCAUCCGGCGCAUCAACCCGGACUUGACGGUGGAAAACGUCAUGAGGCACACAGCACUGAUGAAGAAACUUGAAGAAGAGAAGGCUCACCGGAGCAAAGCCGGGUCCUCGGCCCACCACAGCGGAAGGAGUAAAAAGAGCCGGACUCACCGCAAGUCCCACGGGAAGUCUCGGUCCCACAGCAAGACUCGAGUGUCAAAAGGAGAUCCUUCCGAUGGCUCACAUCUGGAUAUCCCAGGGGAGAGGGAGUAUGAAUUCUGCGACCCUCUAACCAGGGCCCCCAGGGAGGGCUGCUUCAUCAUCGAACACAAAGGCGACAACUUCAUCAUGCACAGCAACACAAACGUGAUCGAGUCCCAUUUCCCCAUGACGCCGGAAUGGGAUGUGUCUGGCGAACUGGCCAAAAGGAGAACGGAGAUGCCCUUCCCUGAACCUUCCAGGGGCAGCUCCCACUCCAAAGUGCACCGAAGCCACAGCCAUACCCAGGACCGGAGGUCCAGGAACGAGAGAUCCAACAAGGCCAAGGAGAGAUCCAGGUCGAUGGAUAACUCCAAAGGCCCCCUGGGCGCGUCUUCUCUCGGGACUCCGGAAGACCUGGCCGAAGGAUGCAGCCAAGAUGACCAGACCCCCAGCCAAUCCUACAUUGACGACAGUACUUUAAGGCCGGCGCCGACUAUUGGUCAUCAGAGGGCUCACAUUUCCCCUGCCAGCUAUAAAGAGGUGUGCAUUCCAGAAAUAGUUGGUGGCAGCAAGGAGCCUUCCAGUACAUGUAGCCUUUUGGAGCCAGGCAAACCCCCUGAGAGUAUGCCAUCCUACGGGGAACUCAACCCCUGCCCGGCAAAAACAGCUGUGGAUGACUAUUUUCAGUGCAACACCUCCAGCGAGACUGUGCUCACAGCACCGUCUCCUUUGGGGAAGAAUAAAGAGGACCAUGACACUUUGACCCUGGUGGAGGGGGUAAAAAAGCUGUCUCCAUCUGAGAGGCAAACCCCUCAUUCUUCCAGGGAGCCUGUUGGGCACAAGGAGGAGUCACCAAAAGGGCCAGGUGGGGGCCCUGCUACCUCUGGUGGUGUGGCAGAGGGGAUGGCCAAUGGCCGCCUGGUCCAACAUCAUAGCGCAGAACCCAGCAGCCUGGACAAAAGGAAAGAAAUAUUCAGCAAGGACACACUGUUCAAACCUCUACACAGCACCUUGUCUGUAAACAGCUACCACAAAUCCAGCUUGUCCCUCCUCAAAUCUCACCCGAAGUCACCUGCCGACACACUGCCAGGCCGAUGCGACAAACUGGAACCUUCCCUUGGGACGUCUGUGGCCCAAGCCAUGCCUACGUGCCAGCGCCAACAGGAGACUGGAGGGAACCAGGAGGCCUCUUUUGACUAUUACAAUGUCUCUGAUGAUGAUGACUCCGAGGAAGGGGCCAACAAAAACACAGAGGAGGAGAAAAACAGAGAUGAUGUGGGCACCAUGCAGUGGCUUCUUGAGAGAGAGAAGGAGAGGGACUUGCAGAGGAAGUUUGAGAAGAACCUCACCCUCCUCACCCCAAAAGAAACUGAUAGCAGCAGCAACCAGAGAGCCACCCAUUCAGCCCGCCUGGACAGUAUGGACAGCAGCAGCAUCACAGUGGACAGUGGAUUCAACUCCCCACGCACUCGGGAGAGCCUGGCUUCCAACACAUCAAGCAUUGUUGAAAGCAACCGCCGUCAGAAUCCCGCUUUGAGUCCGGCCCACGGCGGAGCUGGUCCAACCUUCAACUUCCGUGCAAGUACAGAUCCCCCGACCAACGAAGCUGAGAAAUUACAGAAACCUUCCAACUGCUUGCAAGCUUCUGUUACUAGUGUAUGAUUGUCCUUCUGCCUCAGAUCUUCUGUCUCGUUCGAUGCAGCAACGUUUACGACAAUUGGGACUGAUGUUUACAUCUCUGCAAAGACAAACAUCUCAAGCACAGCUUGAGGGGUCACUUGAGCUGUGCCGCUAAAGUAGGCUAGGGCAAAAACAAAAAAACCAAAAAAUCUUUAUUUCAGAGUAUUGCUUUUCACAUUUACGGCUCUGUAGCAACCGAAUAGCAGUAGGGGAGAUAUGUAUACUUCUGCUUCACUAACUAUAUCUGAGCACACAUAGGCAAGUCUAAACACUGUAAGUGGAACAUGCAUUUUUCAAUGUCAUGCAGUUGCCAAUUCCAUUUUGAAAUGCCACAGAUGUGUGUUGCUCCCAGCCUGUGGGGAAUGGG